AUGAAAAACAUGACUUUCGAGGAGGGUCAGGGUCAGAGUGAGGAGCCCAGCGAGGAGACCGACGGAUACGAGAGCCCUGUCGCAGUGAUCCUCUUCACCUCAGGUAGUACGUCCACGCCUAAGGCCGUCCCCCACCGCCACAGCAGCCUGCUGUGGAACUGCCGGAACAUCUCACGCGAGAAGUCCGAGGCUGUGCAGUUUCCAAAUGCUGGGACGGUUUGUUUCCUGCCCAACUUCCAUGCCAUCGCCUUGACAGUGAACUUCAUCUUCAACCUCUACGCGGGGAUCCGCUGUGCAGUUUUGGAAGUGCCGGAAUCGAAUCCGGUGACUGUGGACUUGCUGAUGGGAGCUUGUAAAGAUCUUGGGCCUACAGUCCUGAGCACGGUCCCCUGGGUGAUCGAAGCGAUCUGCAAAGAGCUGGAAGGAGGUGAAAAGGCAGCUUCCUAUUCGGCGGUUUGUGGGCGUUUGCAUCACAUUGCCUUUGCAGGUGCGCAGUUACCGAGACAUUGCUCCGAGGUUUGCAGCAUGCAUGGGAUCAGACUACAGGUGGACUACGGGCAAACAGAGUUGGGUGGGCCUCUUCUCUUCGGCCGCUUAGGUGCGGAAAGGGCAGACUUGCUACAGCCAGUGCCUGGUGCGACCUACUCCUUUCGUUCCUUGCUCAACUCCUCGGAGGAGCCACGCCGUGGCGAGCUGGUGCUUCACGGUGCAGAAUCCGCGGCACAGGCAUACCUAAGAGGCAGCCAGGGCCGCCCACUGACGGGUCCGGGGCAGCUGACAGCGGAGGAGUACUGGACAGGGGACAUCUUUGAAGAAAUUGAGUGGGACGGCUCCACGUGGCUUCGUCAUGUGUCUCGCAGCGAUGAUCUCCUUGUCCAUACGAGUGGAGAGAUGACGAACCCGCUCCCCAUGGAGAAGGUGCUGGGAGUCCGCUUGGGGCUUCGGGCCUGCGUGGUGGGCGACCGUUUUCCACGGCCGCUCCUGGUCCUUGGAAUCGACGCGGAGCGAGCCAAGGAGAAGAGCGCUUCCGAGCUUUGGAGCACCAUCGAGGAGUGCAACGCCUUGCAGCCGGAAUGGUCCCGAGUCUUGCCGCAGCACGUGGUCUUGAGCCAGGACAUGCCCGUGAGCGUCAAAGGCGAGAUCCAGCGGCAGUCGUUGCAGAAACGCAUGGAGCCCACGCUCUCCUGGCUGAUGUUGGGUGGGCCUUCCCCGGAUGCAGAUGCGGCAGCAGCAGCAACCUGGCUAAUGGACAACCUGGGGAGCAAGGAGCCGUCCUUUGAUUCGCUUGCCAUGGCCAGGGAUCAGAGACCUCCAGCAGAACUUGGCCACUUCUAUUUUGUCAUGAUGAUUGGUGUGUUCCUUGGUCACCAUUGCUUCCUUGUCCGAAGAAUUCUGGAUGACAAGGCUGCCGGGAAUUAUCAGGCUCUGAACAAUUUGUGGGGCACCAUGUCCAUGCAAGGAUUUGCGAUGUAUGCAGGGUACGUGGACGAGAGAGAAUCUCCAACCUUCCGCUCGCUCUGGCAGCUGCUUAUCGCAUGGGUUUUUGGACGUCUCUUGAAAUUAGCGAAACCCGGAGUCGAUGGCAGCUGUGAUUAUCCUUGGUUCUUCAUGUUCAUGUUCUGGGCACGGCUUCUUCACAUUGUCACGCGGUUUCUGCCUACGCGCCGAGCUGCAUGGGCAGUACGGCUUGUGCUUGCAUCUGCCUUACACUUUGGAACAGGCUUCACCGCUGCCAAGAAUUUUCUAGACAUUGAGGGAGGUGAUCCACAGCCGCUGGCAGUGGCUCUUGUGCCUUAUACUCGACAGGCCGGUUCGCACCUGUUUCUGUGGUACUUUGGCUUCGGGGCGCUGCUUGGGUGGAUCAAACCCGUCUUAGUGAAGACAGCCAGUUGCAAGUGCGGUGCAGCGUUGCUGCUGAGUGUCGUGAUGAAAUACUUCAGCAUCAUAAACUAUGAGUACGAGAGUGAUCCUUCAUCUGGCGCAGGCUACAGUGGAGUCGCAGCGGAUGUGGGUCAUGACAUGUUCGUGGACAUCGCCCAUUGUUUCCUGUCCUUCCUGGCGCUUCUUUGUGUUCUCAUCCUUGUGCCGCGCCAGAAGACGGCCUUUAGUGAUGCAGGCGGCAACUCAGCCAGCGCAUACCUGCAAGGCCAGAGAUCUUUGGCCACGAUGUUCUUUGCCAACACAUACCUUCUUGUAGAUCAGUUGGCCGGAGCACAAUCAGGGACAAGGUUUCUUUGUGCCGUGAUGACAACAUGCUGUAUAUGCUUUGUCGUCAGUUUGGGGAUGGAGCCGUGCCUGCCCUCCUGGCUGCACGGUAUCCCUGCAACUUUCAUCUAUGUGACAGUGCUCUUAGGACAAGCAUACCUCAGCAGCAUCCUCGCUUACUAG